AUGUUUCAUACAAAGGGCUUCCGAAUCAGCUCCCAGCCCUCCCCCCUCCCGCCACCUCUCUUCUACACCCCCAAGCCGUCCACCUCAUGGUACUCAGACGUCUUCGAGUCCAUCAAGAGACUCUUCACCAUGUGCUGCGGCCACCGAACAGCUUACAAGACGAGCGACGCGGCAGUCAGGAUACUAGAGGAGGGAAAGAACAAGUACGAGGAGGACUGCGAGCCGCUGAUUGAAGGCGGCGUGGAAGAGGCAGAGAAGAAGACGAAGAAGCUGGAGAUGUCGAGGGUGACGUUUCCGAGGCAUGCGGCUGCGUCGUUUCUGAAGACGGGGACGUCGAGGGGAAUGAUGGAGGCGAAUUGGGUGUUGUAG